AUGCUCACCGACCGAUCUCCAACCGUCCUGCGCGCUCCCACGUCUCUCCUCUCGCAGGCCAUGGCCCAAGCCCAAGCCGAGUCCUCCUCUUCCUCCCCUGCCUCCUCUCGCUCCCGCCAUGCUGCUUCGCUCAGCACUCCCUCGUUCCGUCUCGAGAACCUCCCUCGCUUCCAUCCAGCAGUCUAUCAGUCCGCCAACAGCAGCUCAGCCGCUGCUUCCGGCGCCUUCGACUUCGAUGCGAUGCAUACAUCCGCCCCGCCGCACCUCUACUCGCAUACACAGGCAUAUCGUCCCUCCUCGGCCUCAGCAGUAGGCUCGUCAUCUUCUUCCUCUGCUGCCUCCUCGUCCCGUGAUGCCCUUCGUCAAUACCGUGAUCUGGUGGCUGGCAUAACCCUCUCGGCGCGCGCAUCUACUCAGUCCUCUGCAUUCUCUAAACCCUCCAAGCCCAGGCUGGAACCCCUGGGCAGUCCGGGGCCCGUCACGCCUCUCGCCCUGGAGGAAGAAGGGGAUGAAUACCUCUCUGCCGGUGCGAUGGAGAUCCUGAGAACGAAUGACCAUGCGCACGCAGGCAUGGAGAGGAACGAGCUGUUGGAUCAGCUUAUCAUGCGAGAGAGAGACCGCAUUGCAUCCAGGAUGGACUGA